AUGGUUUUUCGAAAAAUACUGUUGACUUUAAGUAUUUGCUUAUUGGUAAGUAAGAUGGAAGCUCGCCUGGACGUCAUACAAUGGAUUGAGUCGAACAGAAUAACGAACUGGGGUGACUGGGGUGGAGCCGACUUUUGUCCAGAAGGAAGUUAUGUUACCGGUUUCGACUUAAAGGUAGAAGGUAACCAAGGAGGUGACGAUGACACAGCACUGAACUCAGUAAAGCUUAUAUGUACCAGUUUAAAAGGAAUCUUUCAGAAAGACAUUGUCAGUAGUGAAGGUGGUUGGGGCGAGUACAGAGGACGUAAAUAUUGUCCUAAUGGACUUGGCAAUGGUUUUGAACUUAGAUCGGAAUCUAGUCAAGGUGGUCGUGGUGACGAUACAGCUGCUGUGGAUUUUAACUUAAUCUGUGCUAACAACGAUGGUACUAGUGCGAAUAUCAGAGGAGGGGAGAUUGUAACUUUCGGUGAAUGGAGAACCACAAACAGAAUGUGUCCACCGGAGACAGCUAUUUGCGGAAUUCGUACUCAGGUUGAACGGUCUCAAGGUGGCAAAGGCGAUGACACUGCAUUGAACAAUGUUGAUUUAGCCUGCUGUCGCGUACCACAUCCCGCAAAUGCAUGUGAAUUACAGAGAGGACACUGGGAAACUGUAAUCGGAUGCCAUCAAGGAAUUUCGCAAUGCAAUGUAAAAUUCAAAAGUGGACUCACAACAUCUUCUCAAACGACAAAUACCUUAUCGGAAUCUACAAAGUUAGCUGAAAAACUGGGACUUAGUAUGAGCUCCGAGGCAUCAAUCGGUAUCUUAAAAUCUCGGCUAGAAUCAAAUGUCGAAAUUGCAAAAGAAAAAUUUAAUGAGAAAACAUUGCAGACCAUCAUUAGUCAAACGGAUACUUUUGAAAUGGAAUGGUCGUUUCAAAUAAAUUGUGUUGGCACAGCACAGGAGCUGGUUUUGGUUUGUGGUCCGUUUAAAGUUAAAACAAAAGAGUAUCGCUGUGUAUCCGACUGAAGAUACA